AUGACCGGUCCCUUAGACCGAUUUAAAGUCCCUAUGUGCAUAAACUAUACUAGUAUCGUCAGUGAAAAGGUAAAACUUCCAUUACGAAAUGCAGUGGACCAUGCAAGCACUGAGCCUUUAUUAGAAAUAAAGGACGAAAACCGACUGUUGAUAACACCUCUUAUACUGACCAUAGCGUUCCAGCUUGUUUAAAAGUAUAUUAUUGUUUACAGUGUCAAAAGCUUUUUUUAAGAUCAAUAAAAAUGCCACAUGAAAGUAAUUUGUUAUCCAUGAUUAUGUUAUUUUGGAUGCUGCUUAUAAUAUCCAAAGUAGCAUUAUGAGUAGCGACGAGAACCACAUUCAGGCAAGGGUUUAAGAUGUCAAAUUUACUAAAAUAAGAUUCAAGUCGUUUGUACAUCAAUUUUUCAAAGAUUCUAUUAAAAUGGAAUAGGAGGGAAAUAGGUGUAUAAUUAUUUUGAUGAGUAUCAUCGCCCUCCUUGAAAACAGGGACUUUCGCAAAUUUCAGUUUUCCCAAAUGAAUGGGAAAAUUCAAUAUUUCUGCCAGCGGAUUACUAAUAACCAGUCUGGCGCAUUUUAGAAGAAAAGAUGGACAAGAAUACAACCCAUAACUAUUAUUAUCUGGUAACAACAUUAUUUCAAAUUCAAUCUCAGCUGGAAGAAAAAAAGACUAAUCUGACUAGUCCAGAAAGUUGGGCCGUCGCGACCUCAAAAGUUUGACGCGAUAGGCAGAGUCUCUUGUUGAGGGGUACCCAACGACUGUUUUCUGUGAAUUAUCUGCUCCGAGAAGCAAAUAUUACCUAGAAUUUUCUAUUGCUGAAGGACGGCUAGAAAUUUCUAGAUGAACGUUCCAUUCAGGUACAAUUUUCGAAGCGUAUCCUCUACGAUUUUCUGAAGUUUAAUUUCUCACAUUUUACUUCCCCUUUUCGGCUAAUUGUCGUAGAAAAAAGGAACCUGAAAUUUUCGGAUUCAAAAAUAUGAUGCGUAAAACGUUAAAUUGCAGCUAAAAUUUUCGGGGUGAAAUAAUACUGAAACCCUUGUAAUUUCGAAAAGACUAAAGUUCCCCUAGUAUGACCGAACAAAUACAAAGUUUAAAACAUCGGUAAGAAUGCAUUUCUAUGCAUCUGAAAGUACUAUGGAUAACCUGAAAAGUGUUUUCAAUGUAUUUUGGGGGAAACCAUCUUUGGGUGCCCUUGCGUGUUCUGCUCCUCGAUCAAAAAGACAAAAGGAGGCCCUGCCUUCGUUAAUGGAAAAAAUAGUAACUUUAAUUGUUUUACAUUUAAAAGCAAUCAAAAAUACUGCUAAAAAAAAAGAGAUGACCGAGCUACUGCCUAAUGUCUAUUAGAAGCAUCACCUGAAGCAUGUCGACAAAAGAAGGAGGAGGAACCGUGACCUGCCUCGAUCAGUUUUAGCUACCUGCAGAUCAGUGACAUUUCAAAUUGAUUGUAAUAGUGUUUUAUAUAUAAUGAAUAAUAUUGAACUUGACCUUGAACUAGAAGAAGAAGGAGGAGGACGAGCAGAAAAAAAAAACAAGAAGAAGGAGCAGCAGCAGCAGAAGAAGAUCAAGAAGAAGAAGAUGGAGGAGGAGGAGCAGAAGAAAAAGAAGAAGAACAAGAAGAGGAGUAGCAGCGGAAAAAGAAGAAGCAGAAGAUGGAGGAGGAAAGGGGGGCAGAAGAAGAGGAAGAAAAACAAGAACAGGAACAAGAAGAACAAUACGAAAAUGUUCCUCGUGGAC